AGCUGUGCAAAAGGACCGGCCCGAAAGCCAUUACUGUACUUCCUCCUCCGGAGCGGUCAAAGGACUCCCUUCGCCCCCUCUUCUGCCUCCUUUGGAACCUUCGGGCCCCGGACUGGGCCAAAGCAGCUUUCCCCCGCCGCCGCCUGCGUGCCUGAAAGAGAAAGGGCGGAGCUAUAACGGUGGCCCAAGCGCCUCCCUCCCCCGCUCACAGUGCAACACUUCAGAAGAGCCAGAGCAGCUUUGGGUAGCGGGCGGUCCGGCGCGGGAUUCUCUUCUCCCGGUUAGCGAGAAGAAUUAAAGCAAAAAGAUGAAUGUUGGGGUUGCUCACAGCGAAGUCAAUCCCAACACAAGGGUCAUGAACAGUCGAGGAAUGUGGCUCACGUACGCCCUUGGAGUUGGUUUGCUUCAUAUUGUCUUGCUCAGCAUUCCUUUCUUCAGCGUUCCAGUGGCUUGGACCUUAACCAAUAUUAUUCAUAAUUUGGGAAUGUAUGUAUUUUUACAUGCAGUAAAAGGAACACCUUUUGAAACACCUGAUCAAGGUAAAGCAAGAUUACUGACACACUGGGAACAGUUGGAUUAUGGCGUACAGUUUACAUCUUCCCGAAAAUUCUUCACAAUCUCACCGAUAAUUUUGUAUUUCUUGGCAAGCUUCUACACCAAAUACGACCCAACACAUUUCAUUCUAAACACAGCUUCUCUCUUGAGUGUGCUUAUUCCCAAACUGCCACAGCUGCAUGGAGUUAGGAUCUUUGGAAUCAACAAAUAUUGAGCUGGAGAUGGGCAAUGUGAGCAUUCUGACCAAAAAGUGGCCUGGUUUGGUCCUUGACAGAAGGAAUAGCCUAUUCUAUGUAUUAUUAGAUAAGUUUCACAUCUCUUUGGAGACUCUAGUACGAAGAUGCUUAUGCUGUUCUUUACAAGAGAAUCGGAGACUAUCAGAAGAUAUACUAAUCUUGAUGACAGAUCUUUGGAGCACAGAUUUUUGUAAAUAGCUGGGCAGGCCUAGCUCUCCUAAGGUAGCAGUAUUGACUGGAAAUGGGCUGAAGUAACAAGUAAAGUGAAAAGGGAUACAAAAAAUGUUAUUGACUCAUAAGUUGUAAUCUUUUACAAGUAAGUCAGCAACAGUAAUGAAGGAGUGGACGGGAAGAAAUACGGCAAUUCUUUGUUUUACAGACUUCAAUCAGUUAUCAUUUGGGGUCAUUUGUUUGUUUGGCUAAUUUUAGGGCAAGAUUUGCCACUCAGCUUGAGGUGUUAUAAAAUUAAUGAGUUGCUGUGAUUUUCAUGCCUUAUUCAUGUGUCUUUUAAUCAGAGUGAACUUUUGCAGUGUGAGAUCUUUGAACUCUGGGGAAUGACAUGUCAACUUUUCAGGGGUUUUAUAUACAAUUAAACUGAUUGGUAUCAUAC